UCUUACUUGCAUUCCUUGCUUCAGACCUAUCAGGAGCACAAUGACAUGCUGGAAGAGGAUACCAGCACUCCCGAGAACCAGGACGCUCUCCCAGCGGAGGAGGCGACCGAUGGCACAAGCGAUAGCGGAAGCUCGGCGGAUGCGGAGGAGGAAGAGCAGUCCGAAACCGAGCAGAGCAGUGAGGAGACCACGGCCACGCCUGGAGCUGCUGACAGCGAUUCGGAUGAGAGCGACAGCAUGGAGAGUGACUCAGAUGAGCGCGAGACGGGCCGUGAAACCACCGACAUGCCGGUGGUCAUCACCGCCAAAUAAAUCAUCCGGAAAAUCCCGUUCGGGUCCACUUCGGGAGACACUUCUUCCAGCAGGGACAAUCCAAAACGCUUGUUUACGAUCAUUUAUUGGUCGGGUUCACGGAAUAAUUGUGAGCUCAGUGGCACAACUUUAUUUGUCGAAAUUAAAACAGGUCUUGACUGCUGAAUUCCAAAAUUUAAUCUGGAAGAAAAUACCACAACCAAUCAAAACAUAUCAGGGUCGCACUCCAGGGGACGCGCAGUUGGCUCCAAAUGCGCGUCAUCAAUUCAAGCAUCAUAACUUUGAAGCCAUGUAUUUGCCUCCUGUGUCGUUGAGCGUGUUGCUUGCUAUCGUAUCAAAUCUGUUGUUGUCCUCAGUUCUUACUUUACACGACAUGUUGGCACCUGCCCCUUCAUGUCUAUCGUAACGUAUGUUUUUUUUUGUACCAUUUCUAAAGUAUAAAUAAAAUUAUUUUACUUUAAUCCAC